UAUACAUAUAAAACGACAUCGUUUAAGAGCUAUAAUCUGAACCGCUGCAUGGGGCAAAAUCCAACCCUAAUUUUGCCAUUACAAAUACUAAACCCGCUUAACCACUCCGCACUUUCUUCCUUGAAGUAGCAGCAGCUGAAGCCGAAGCCCAAAGGAGAGCUUCAUAGAUUCAUAUACAACUUCGCUUCUCUGCUAGCUAAGGUUUUUUAUCAUCUGGAACUGCCAAAAUGUACACCUCAAGGAAGAAGAUCCAUAAGGACACGGAUGCUGAACCCACUGACUUUGAAGAGACAGUUGCGCAGGCAUUGUUUGAUUUGGAGAAUACCAACCAGGAUUUUAAGACUGAGUUGCAAGAUCUGUUUAUAAACUCAGCAGUUCAAAUGGAUGUUUCCGGAAAUCGCAAGGCAGUUGUUAUUUUCGUACCAUACAGAUUGAGGAAGGCAUUCCGCAAGGUUCAUUUACGCCUUGUUAGAGAAUUGGAGAAAAAGUUCAGUGGAAAGGAUGUUGUUGUGCUUGCCAACAGGAGGAUAUUGAGGCCACCAAAGAAAGGCUCUGCUGUUCAGCGACCUCACAACCGGACACUUACUGCUGUUCAUGAUGCAAUGCUUGAAGAUAUAGUGCACCCUGCUGAGAUUGUUGGGAAGCGCACCAGAUACCAAAUUGAUGGAACCAAAAUAAUGAAGGUUUUCUUGGACCCAAAGGAGAAAAAUAAUACCGAAUACAAGCUGGAGACAAUUGCAGGAGUAUUCAGGAAGCUUACCGGGAAAGAUGUAGUUUUUGAGUACCCUAUAACAGAGGCCUGAAAAAGAACUUUGAUGGACAAGCUUUUUUCUUGUUCUGUUUAUUUAUGUUAAGAGUUAUUAACAGCAUUGGAUAGGGUACUAUUGGUAAUUUUGACUCUGAUUUAAGUUUGUUUUUCAAAUACGAGAAAUGAAUCUUUUAUGUUUUUGGAAAAUGGAAAUACUCUCUCUGUGGCCUACA